AUGGGGAACAACACAAGCGCCCUCAAUGGCCAUGCCAACAGCCUCUAUCCAUCUGCCAUUGGUUCAUUCCAGACGUCGCGCGCGUUUGUGAAUCCAGCCCAGAGCACAUCCAUGCCACAGUUCAACGCGGGCCCUUCCAAGCCGUCGUUCAGACGCCCGGGUCCAGCUUCUUCACCGCCGCCACCACCCCCAGGCGCAGCGGCUCCUGUCCCUGGGUCCAUCUAUCAACCAACUAGUGUGCCGACCCAGGUCGCCCCGAUCGUCCAGGGCAAACCCCGGAUCUUUGCCGCCAUGGGCAACGUCGACGAGGCAGACCCUCCGAAACCUGUCCAGAAUUUCACGGCCAAUGUCUCCCAACCGUAUCCAUCCAAUCAGUCUCCUAAUCAACGACCAGUCCAGGCCACGACCGGCUACAGCCCACCGACGACGACGACCGUUUCCUAUAGCAAUGGCCAUCACCCUGUUGAUGUUCAGCGCACUCCUCGCAUGAGCGAGCCUCGACCUCUCCCUCAGUCACCCCCUCGCACUCCCCAGCACCACCAACAGCACAAUGGACCAGGCAUUCAAAGCCCUCCUCGUUCGCGGAAGCUCAGCAAGGUGCGCCAGCCCUCUGACGUUUCGACGACGCUUCCCAACGUGUCUUCGACUUCUAUUAUGUCGGCUUCGGUCGAAAGUCUACACUCGACUGGACACGGCAAGGUUCACCAGCACAAUGGACAUCGUACGCUUGCCAAAUCUCAGCCUGUCCCUUUACGUCCUACUUCGUCUUCUGGACAUAAGCGAAGUCUAAGCCGUUCGCCGACGAAACAAGAACAGCUUCAGCAACAACAGCAGCAGCAGCAGCAGCAGCAGGAAGAACAACCGGCGCAUGUUGAUGAAGAAACUAUUAGGAAAGCUGGGAUCCCACUCGACGAUGAUCCGUUUGCCAAGGUCGAGGGCGUGAAGAUGCUCAAGCCCAGCUCGUCCCCGUCUAAAGAGGGUUCGAUCAAGCGCCAUCGAUCGAAGGGGAAGGACGAAGUCAAGUCUACUGCUGGCGACGAUGCCUCGAGCACGGUUACACGCGAGGAUCAGCAAUCACAACUUUCUGUUCCCCGAGAUUCGACUUCGCGAAGGACCAAGGACAAGGACACGAUCGAUUCGGCUUCAGUCGCGGCUAGCGCUACGAGUGCCCAGACGUCUGAAGAAAGGAGGAGGGAGAGGCGAGAGCGCAGGGCCCGGGAGAAGGAGGAGCGGAAGGCGAGAGAACGGGAGGCUGCAAAGGCUGCCGCUGCGGCCCAGGCGGAAGCUGAAGCUGCCGCGUCCAGGGCAAGCGAUAAUGUGGACCCCGAGUUGGAGGGUGAGAUCGAGCCUGUGGUGGAUGAAGAACUCGAAGCUCUCAAUAAACUCGAGGAGAAAUUCUUCCCGCUCACGCAAUUCAUUGGAAACCCUCAACUCUUGGGCCACUUGCUUUCCUUCAUGACCUUCUAUGAUUGGUGUAUCCUCUCGAGUAUUUCGCGCGAGAUCAGGAUCAUGCUGGUCCAGAGUGCUCCCUUGCGGGAGGAGGUGUUGGAGCGGUUCCUCAGGACGGACCUCGCGGACUACAUGCGUGGCGUAUCCACCCCAUCUCAUGAAUACGCUCGGGUGGCCAAGAUGUACGUGCACUCGCUGACAGUGCAUCCUUCUGUUCGAGAUCCAUCUCUGGAGCACACGAUACGAUGUCUGACGGCAUCCACUCGAGCUUACACGCGUGUUGUCCUUCGAUUACGCGCCCAAGCCGAGAAGGAGGCGAGUGUUGCCAGUGCCAAUCCCCAGCGUGCCGCCUCAGUACCUCCACACCCUCCUUCCGCCGCUGGUGCUGCCAAAGCGGCCAACAAUGGCUACUACGGAAACAUGAACGGCUAUUCAUCAUCUCGCUCGCAGUCCCGGCCAUCCAGUCGCGCCCCAUCUCCGACCAUGUCCAACUAUUCCCACUCUUACGCCUCGUCGCAGUAUGGCCACAGCAGUCAACCUGGAUUGUCUAGCACCACCAUGAUGCACCAGAAUUCAUCUCAGACGAGCUUGACGUUCCGUUCGCCAUUGUUCCGACUCCGUCGUGCACCGCUGCUUCGCGUCUUUGUUCCUUCACCCGAGGGUGAUUGGCUCUCGGACAAGAGCGUGUUGGACUGCGAGGCCGAGUGUAAGAAGGCAGGCGUGCUUCAUUUGAUGAGGAUGGGGGAUGUAGUGUGGGAUAUUGCUGUUGGCGAUGAAGGCAAUGUUGGUCGGCUUGUGUAUGAUGGCAAAUAUCUGAUUGACUUGGAUUACACGUACAAUCCGAUUGGCGACCUUCCCAAGUAUAUCCCCACUUUGGCCUUCCCUCCCUCUUAUUUCCAUCGCGUUAUUCGGACGGGUCCUGUCACCAGCAACCCGAUUGCACAUAUCGAUAUCUCCCCCUGGGGUGAAGAGAUUGCGGCUAAUCUCCAAUUGUUGCAGGAUCGAGUCAAGACUGAAACUCCUCAAGGAGCAUACCAUAAUGUCGUUCGCUGGGUGCACCGGUCCUCGUUCGCGAUACGACCGCCUGCGCGUGUGAUGCAGAGGGGUACGAGUGUGAAUGGGCGUGCUCAGCCGCAUACGCCUCGAAUUCCGAUCCCUGAAACUGAUAAUUUGUUCAUUGAUUCGGGGUGGUAUGGGACGAUUGUGGUGGAGACUGAAGGGACGAACGAGGCGCUUGCUGAUUUGCAAGAACGGUGUGGCCCGCGUGCGUUCCCGCCGCGACCCAAGCCUUUGAACCCGGCCAUGGCCAAAGCGAGGGAGGAGAACCGGAAGGUGUUUAGGAUUCUUAGAGAGAAGAGUCGGCCUGGGGAGAUCUGGAUCAGGGCUGUCUCGAUCAAAGAACGACUUUUGUAA